GGAGAAGUAGAAGGACUAAAAAAUAAAUAAAAAGUGAAAGUGGACGGGAUGCUGACCAUUGUCCUCUUAAUUCAACAGUCACCACCUCCUCUCUCUCCCUGUCUUAAUUUCAUUAGUUUUCCAACUGAAAACAAGGGUUUUGCAGACACCAUGGAUACGGAGAAGGAGCGAGAUCGCCAUGUUUACAUCGCUAGAAUUGCAGAGCAAGCCGAGAGAUACGACGAGAUGGUUGAAGCAAUGAAAUCCAUUGCAAAGCUGGAUGUGGAACUGACUUUGGAGGAAAGAAACUUGUUGUCUGUUGGAUACAAAAAUGUGAUUGGAUCAAGAAGAGUUGCAUGGAGGAUACUAUCAUCUAUUGAGAACAGGGAAGAGGGCAAAGGCCAUGAACAAAAUGUGAAAAAGAUAAAGGAUUACAUGAAGAAAGUGGAAGAUGAACUUGCAGUUAUAUGCAAUGACAUACUUGCAACAAUCGAUCACCAUUUGCUUCCAUCAACAAAAUCUGGAGAAUCUGCUGUCUUCUAUCAUAAAAUGAAGGGUGAUUACUUUCGUUACUUGGCUGAAUUUAAAAUAAGUGGAGAUCAUAAGGAGGUUAAAGAUCAGUCUCUGAAAGCUUAUGAGGCUGCAACAGCUAUUGCUGCAUCUGACCUGGCACCUACUCAUCCAAUCAGACUUGGUUUGGCUUUGAAUUUCUCAGUUUUCUACUAUGAGAUAUUAAACUCCCCAGAAAGGGCAUGCCACAUGGCCAAACAAGCAUUUGAUGAAGCUAUAUCUGAACUUGAUAACAUAGAUGAAGAAGCUUACAAGGACAGCACUCUGAUUUUGCAACUGAUUAAGGAUAAUCUCACUCUUUGGACCUCAAAUAUUUCAGAGGAGGGAGGAGCUGGUGAACCUCAAGUGAGAUAAGAAUUAGCAUCCGUCUGAGCAAAUAAAGCAACUUUUAUGGUUCAUUUGUUUUUUUUUUUAAUCCAUGUUAUGAAAUUGCAAUGUCUCAAGAUUGUUAUGUUAGAUUUUUGUUGAAUCUUUGGUAUAUACAUAUAGCUUGUAUGUUUGUCACUUAGUUCCAGUUCGAUGCAUGGUAAACACAGUAAAAAAAACACGUUCAGUUCCAGUUCAGUACAUGAUAAACACAGUUCUAGUUCAAUGGUAAACACAGUAAAGUUCAAAAAAUAUGGUUGUCUAUUGUCUAAUCAUUAUAUUCUACUUCUAGCGAGAUAAAUAAUAGUUUUUCAGUUGAUAAUAAUAAAUACUUUUGGAUUACACGAAUUAAUUUCG